GUUAAUCGGUAAAUCACCGGAACCGGCCGGGUUUUUUCAUGGUUUUUGGUUCAGAUGUUCAGUGCAUCGGUGAAACGACGCCGUUUUGCAAUCAGAAGAGAAGAACGAAGAAACAUCCCAGCCCCUUUCUCUCACACUCUGAAACCUAACCCUAAGCCCAGCCAGCCAACAUCACCGUCCCUCAUCGCCGAACUCUUCUCCUCCGGUACAGGGUGCUGUGGCCGCCAGCUGGGGCAAAGCGUGGGUGCCGUCGUACUCUUCUCAUCGCAUCGCCGAACUCUUCUUAGUUCUCAUCGCUCCUCUUCUCGGCGCCGUCGCACGAAGGACGCGUUGAUCCGGUGGCAUUGCCGUCGCGAAGGGUUUUGUUCCUCAGUCCCUUUUUGUUACUGUGGCUGUUUUGAGUUCACUUGUAAAUCACCCCUAUGCACUCAAUAUAUCGUUCUGUUGCCAGCGAUUCCGCUAGCCUAUGUUGUAAGGUUCUGGUAUCUAGAAGUUUCUCUUCACAGUUAGUAUCUUCUCACUGUGUAGGAGCUAGAGAGUUUUGGCAUGAAGAACAAUGUCUAGAGCUUACUAAAUAUGCUGACAUUCUCAUUGCAAAAGCUAGCAAAGGGAACAGCGACCGAGAAAUUCUCCGGUCUCUUUUCAAUGAUCCAGCUUGUGAUGGUAUACAUCUAUCUCAGAACCUUAUUCAAAGGUUACUCCAUCGAUUUAAAGACGAUUGGAGGUCUGCAUUGGGGAUAUUCAAAUGGGCAGGUUUGCGAUCAGGCUUUAGACACUCGCCGGAAUCGUAUGAUAUGAUGAUAGACAUAUUAGGGAAAAUGAAGCAAAUGGAAAAGUUGAGAGAUUUCUUGGAAGAAAUGCAUGAGGUGGGUCUUGUUACUCUGAAUACUAUAGCUAAGGCGAUGAGGAGGUUUGUUGGUGCAGGACAGUGGGAAGAUGCAGUAAGGAUAUUUGAUAGCUUAGAAUCUCUUGGGUUGGAGAAGAACACCGAAUCCAUGAACUUGUUGCUUGAUACGCUAUGCAAAGAGGAAUUUGUUGAACAAGCUCGUGAAAUUUUCUUGGAGCUAAAGCAGCACAUUGCUCCAAAUGCUUAUACGUUUAACAUAUUUAUACAUGGCUGGUGCAAAGUCCGUCGUGUGGAUGAGGCACAGUGGACAAUCCAAGAGAUGAAAGGACAUGGUUGUCACCCUUGUGUUAUAAGUUACUCAACCAUCAUCCAAUGCUAUUGCCAAGAACAGAAUUUUGACAGGGUCUACGAGCUGCUUGAUGAAAUGCAAGCACAUGGUUGCUCCCCAAAUGUGGUUACUUAUACUACCAUCAUGUCUGCAUUGGCGAAGGCAGAAAAAUUUGAGGAAGCUUUGCAAGUAGUUGAGAGAAUGAGGUCUGUUGGAUGCAAACCUGAUACCUUAUUCUACAAUUCAUUCAUUUACACAUUAGGGAGAGCAGGCAAAGUAGAUGAUGCUAUGUUUGUAUUCAAGGUGACGAUGCCUAAUGAUGGUGUUGUCCCAAAUACAUCCACCUAUAAUUCAAUGAUUUCUAUGUUCUGUCAUUAUGCACAAGAGAAUAGAGCUUUUGAUACAUUGCGGGAGAUGCAAGAUGCGGGCCUCUGUAAGCCUGAUCUUCAAACUUACCACCCAAUGAUCAAAUUAUGCUUUAAAACGGGAAAAAUAGAUAGUUGGUUGAAGGAUAUAUUGAAUGACAUGGUCAACAAACAUCAUCUUGGUCUUGAUAUCUCUACCUAUACACUUCUGAUUCAUGGGCUCUGUAGAGCAGAUAGAUACAAGUGGGCAUACUCUUUAUUUGAGGACAUGAUUGAUCAAGAUGUAAUGCCUAGAUUGAAAACUUGUCGUUUGCUAUUGGAAGAAGUCAAACAGAAAAAUAUGUAUGAAGCCUCCGAGAAAAUUGAGGACCUUAUGAAGAAAAUGUAAAUGCACGAGUAUUUCUGCAGUCUGAUUGCACUUUUUUUCCAGUUUGAUUCAGAUAUACGAUAAAAAGAAGGUAUUUGAUAACAAUGUAUAACAUUGUAUUGAAAUUUGUAAUCCAGUUGGAUUGCCUUGUUGUUCUAGUGAUCUAGCUAUAUACAACUAAUUUCUUAGUCUAGGUGUUGUAAAAAUAAGCAAUGUUAAGCAGUGUUGUAAUGUUACUAGGUUUUCCAUUUAAAUUCGAUAUUUUUUGUAGAAAAUGAACAUGUAACUAAAUUUUCUCAAGUUGGCACUCUGCAGGUUUUCAAAUAUGGUUUCUCCAAUGAUUGCUGAGGUUUGCGAAUAUAAUGUCGCAUUUGAAUCAAAUGAGUAGGGUUUCGCAGAGAUUGAGAUACUAGUAUGGAAUAUUGAAAUGAGAAUACUGGAACUUAAUUGCCUAAAGCCUCUGUCCAUACUCUUGAGUAUAUAUUGCUGCCAGUCACCGGCAUACAAGUACCAGAGACCACCCAAAUCCUAUCAGUUCACACUGAGUGAUAAUAUCAAAUUUUAUCACUAUCAAGCAAAUGGAAAGUAAAACACAACUGAGCUACCUAUGUUGUGAAAAUAUCCUUGCUCGUUUUCUUUGCUUGGUUAAUGUCUUGCUACUUUCUAACGGCAAGCAACAACAAUACUUCAUAGAAGCUUACAUUGAUGCUAAAAGAAGGUAGUUUUGGUGUUAGAUCAUGACUGAGAAGGGAAAAGGCAAGUACUGCAAUUAUGGUUCGCUGAUCAGAAUGUGAGGUUCUAGAUCCAGAGUGGUAAUGGAAAUCUUAACUAGCAGUGUGAAGAUUUGGCAUGUGAAUGAGUGGAAUAGGGUAAGUAGAUAAUUUGGAAAAUGCAGUUAAAAAGUAGCAGCUCAAAUCCAGGUCAAAGCUUUUCAUGUGCCUACUACUCCUUUCAUAUCAAUGACUUGUUCUUGUUCAUUUAGGUUAUGCUCUCAUCUUUCCCAUUCAGUGAAAUUCCUUAAUUCCUUCUUGUUUUUUUAAUCUUAAAAGUAGAGAGUAUGCAAACUGGUUUACAGUUUAUAUUUUGUUAUUUAACUUAAUGAACUUGUAGAUUCAGGAAGUUGCUGCUUUAUCUGUUGUAAAUUGUUAGUACAGUUAUUUCCCAGGUAUUUAAGAUUUUGCUGAAGGCCAAAUGAACCCUACAGUUGAUAAAUAUUUCUAGCCAUUUCACAUAUUUGACUUGUAUGGUGCCGUUGUAAAUUUUGUAUGCCAAUGCUGCCAAUUGUAAGAAGGCUUUUGGAGUUUUGGAGGUAGAACAGUGGUCCUGAUUUUCUCUAUAGCUAAAGCAACAUAUGUGAUAUGUGAAAGAAUGGGAGAGAAUGAUGAAUCAACUAAAGGAGCUAAAGAGAGUGUUAUGGCAAGUUGGCAACACAUGAUCUAAAGGUGUGGACAAAUUUAAGGAUUUUGAUAACUAAUAUCUAGUAUAUAUAACAUGGACAUAGAGGAAGUUUGGUACAUGGACAUA